UUUACCACCAGCCCCAAAACGCGCCAAAUUUUGACAAACCGUACGUGGACGGAGUUAACAUUAUGGAUAUCAUUCGGUCAGUGUUUACAUACGCACUGCCAUUGCAGGAAUGGCUUCAUUCCUUUGGAACUGUAUGCACAGAAGAUGAUUCCAACAGCUAUUUACGAAAUUUGGAAACAACGAUAGUAGCUUUCAAUGUGGAUGUGCGGGACAAACUUGUUACCACAUCUUCUCCACCUUCAGAGACAAAAGAGCUGGUACUGAGAGUUAUUGAGAAAUUGAUGCGUCAAGGUGAGAGUAAUGUCUUAACCCUGGGGUUUGGAAUGAUGUCUGAUGACCCAGAUGCUCAGGUUUCCUGUUUCACCAACAUAGAAUACAGACAUCCUAACUCCAGUGUCAACUUAUUACAUCAAGGGGUGUGGAAAAAGCUACAUCAAUGUAUUGGUGAUGUGUGGAUGAGAGCUCUGUUAGAAGAGACAGCUAUAUUUACAUUGUGUGGUGAAUCUUGCUACAUCCAAGUUACAGGUAUUCCAAUAUUUGUCAAAGUAAAGUCUACAGGUGGAAUUUCAGUGUCCAAGGGCACAAAGCGAAGAAAUAAGUUUGCUAUGAAAGUUCGAAAGAGCAGUCUGAAAAAAUCAAAGAAAUCAAAAUUAUCACAUCAUCAACCCCAAGCUCAUGAACAAACCGAGAGGAAACAGAGCAGAAAAAGAAAGAGGACUGAAGACUCUGAACUUCCUAAACCAAAGAAAGUGAAACUGCAAAAAUUUGUCAAUCCAACAGUAGAGGGACCUAGAAAUGUAGAGCAGUCUCAGAGUUUUAACCCAUACAAAUACCAUUUGUACAUGACUCAGUCCUAUUUGUACUCGGCAGACCACAGAGAAAAAUACCCAGCAGCUCAUCCUCUGUCAGGUCCUAAUCCAUGUCUAUAUAAGGAGAUUUUCACACUGGAUGUCAGGGAUGAUCCUAGAGUAUCAGUUCUCAAUUGUAAUGAUCAGACGGCCCUGAAAUCUAAAGACAUUCCAUUUCUUCCAUCUUUAGAGGAACUACUUGGAAAAUUACAUGAAAACCACAAAAGCUGUAAAUAUUUAGCCUUCCUGCACACUUGCUGUCCAGUUUCCUCAUCCAGAAAGAGAGUCCAUAGAUUGGGGAGAAGAAACCGAAGCACCCCCACCCAUGUUCUCCUCCAAGAUUAUGUUCCUCCUCAAAAGGUGUACAUCUUUUUGAGGAAAGUUUUCAUCACAGUUAUUCCUGAGGAGCUUCUUGGCUGCAAAGAGAACAGGAACUGUUUCUUAAAAUCUGUAAAGAAAUUAAUAUACCUAGGAAGAUAUGAGAAAAUUUGUCUUGGUGAGAUCAUGAAAGGAAUAAAGACAAAGUCAAUUCCCUGGUUACCUAGGGAUUCUCCACACUGCUUGAAGCUUAAUUUAGUGUCUACUCUGGUGUACUGGUUGAUGAAUAAUUUCAUCACUACUCUUGUUAAGGAUUUUUUUUAUGUAACUGAAACUGCUGUGUACAGAAAUCAGCUGUUCUUCUACAGAAAGAAAGUAUGGUCCAAGUUACACAACAAUGGCAUUCAAGAUCUGAAGAGAAGAGGAAUACUGUCUAGCAUCAAAAAGACUGAAGUUACAUCAGCGUUACAGAGAGGUGAUUGUCUGGGGGAGGCAACUAUCAGAUUUCUACCCAAACUGAGGUCACUUCGUCCUAUUGCCAAUCUAGGCAGACAACCCCCAGCCAUUGCUAAAUCUACUUUACCAAUUAACAAGCAGCUUAUGAAUGUAUUGACUGUCCUUUCUUAUCUCUCAUCGUGUGAUCCGUCCAGUAUAGGAUCAGCUACAUUUGGAACAGAUGACAUUUUCUCUGCCUGGAAAUAUUAUGUUAUGGACUGGAAAAGGAAUUCAAACAGGAGACCAUUAUAUUUUGUCAAAACAGACAUCAGUAGUUGCUUUGAUGGUAUUUCACAAGAAAAACUGCUACACAUCUUGGAAAAUAUGCUUUCAAAGGCUCCAGAUGAAGAUGUAAUCAUCAGAAAAUUUGUGUCUCAUUACGUAUCAGAUGGGAAAGUUGUGUGCAAGUUUAAGAAGAUUGCUGCUGGUUUUGGGGAUUAUAUUCCUGACUUUGAAAAAUUUAUCAAAAAACUUGUAGAAGACAAUAAGCUCAGUAACAUGGUGUUUGUGAAUCAGAUGAUAAACCAACAGAUGCAUCUAGAAGAGGUCUUUGAAAAGUUGAAGUGUCACAUAUUGAAUAAUAUUAUCAAAAUUGGGAGACAGUAUUUUAGGCAGACUACAGGGAUCAGCCAGGGGUCUGUUCUCUCCACCUUACUGUGUAACAUGUAUUAUGGACACAUGGAGAGAACAUUUUUGCCCCCACAGGAAGAAGAGCUCCUGAUGAGGAUGGUAGAUGAUUCUUUGUUUGUCACGCCCUCUAGACAGAGAGCAGAGAUGUUUCUGUGUAAAAUGAUCCAGGGAAACUCUGAGUACAAUUUUUCCAUCAACACUGACAAGAUUUUAGUCAACUUUGCUUAUGAUCACGAAUCUUGUGGCAUUAUGAAAAGGAAUGUUGGAGAUUGGUUUCCAUGGUGUGGAUUGUUGUUUAACACAGCAACACUUGAAGUUGGAAAUGAUCUCACCAGAUAUGAAGGAACAAGAAUGAGAUACACAAUGACAGUUGAUGUUUCUACCUCCCCAGGCCUUACAAUGAAAAGAAAAUUAUUGAUGUCCCUACGACCAAAAUGCCAUGCAAUUUUCCUUGAUACUGAGUUGAACUCCUUAGAGGUGUGCCUGUCUAACAUAUACAGACUCUUGUUGCUGACGGCCUUUAAGUUCCAUUGUUAUUCUUCAUGUCUGCCAGAGAAACAAAGAGUCCAUGAUAAUCCAGGCUUCUUUCAUGCCCUGAUCAAUGAUAUAGGUUCCUAUCUCUGUUCUCAGGCAGCCAUGCAAUGUACAAGAAAGUUUGGAGACAGAUUUGUUUUUGAAGUUCCUAAAGGAGUAGUGGAAUGGUUAUGUUGGUAUGCGUUUUUGAUAAAGAUGAAAUGUCACUCAUUGAGCUACAAGGAACUGAUUCAAAUGAUAAGCCAGUCUGUGAAGCAAAAGGAAAAACUUCUUCAUGCAGAGGAUAAGCAUGCCUCUGUUACUCUUAGAAGAUUGUGUAGACAAAUUCCUGUGGAGCUGGAGAAAUUGAAAAAUUAAAACUGAGACAUUAAUACAUUCACCGUUGCAUCCUUAAUAAUUUCAUCCAGCAAGAGAUUAGAUAUAAACAUGGAAGACGUCGUGAUAUCUGAUGAUGGAACAGAAGAUGAAGAGGACCAGAAGCAAAUACAG